UUCUAAUUACCACUCGUCUUCAAAAAUUGCAGAGAAAUCGGAGGGAAUAGAGAGAGAUGAUGGCAAAUGCCUUUUCCCUCCGAUUUCUUUGCUUCAAUAACUUCGACCCUUUUACCCAGUCUCUCUCUCUCUCUCUCUCUCUCUCUCUCAUCAUUCAUAGCAAAAAGAGAAAGCAAUGGGAAGGAAGAAGAAGAAGGAGGUGAUCAGGUUAGAGAGGGAGUCCGUGAUCCCCAUUCUCAAGCCCAAGCUUGUCACCAUACUUGCAGGCUCCAUUGAGCAAGCAUCUGACAAAGGAGAAUUUGCGAAACUCUGCAGGAGAGUUGAAUAUACUGUUCGGGCUUGGUACAAUCUGCAGUUUGAGGAUCUAAUGCAUAUGUACACUCUGUUUGAUCCCAUUCAUGGAGCUCAAAAGUUGAAACAAUAUAAUUUGCCACCAGAUGAGAUAGAUGCUCUUGAACAGGAUUUUUUGACAUGUCUCUUUGAGGUAAUGGAAAAGAGCAACUUCAAAAUAAUCACUGAUGAAGAGCUUGAAGUGGCAAAAUCUGGGCAGUAUCUCUUAAAUUUUCCUGUCAAAGUGGAUGAAUCUAAGCUGGACAAAGACGUAUUUCCAAGGUUUUUCAGAGAUCAUCCUCAUGAAAACCUUCCAGCAUUUUCUGACAAGUUCAUAAUGUUUCGUCGAGGCAUUGGAAUUGAUCACACAACAAACAUUUUCUUUAAGGAGAAAAUAAAUACAAUCAUAUUUCGUAUCUGGAUGGGCUUCUUGACAGUGACCUUUCUCAAAAGGCUGUUCUUCAAGAAGAAACCUAAAGGGUGCAAAAUAGCUGAUGAAGCAAGUUCUGUAGAGGAUGAAGACUUACAUGUUGAACGCAUAAGGAUUGAGAACAUGAGACUAAGUAUGAAAAAUCUAUUUGGCAAGGUCACCCUCCAAGAACCAACUUUUGAGAGAAUUAUCAUCUUGUACAGGCAUUCUGCCAACAGAAAAAUUCCAAGGAGAGCAAUAUUUAUAAAGCACUUUAAAAAUAUACCUAUGGCUGAUAUGGAGUUGGUUUUGCCUGAAAAGAUCAACCCAAGCUUAACACCCAUGGAUUGGAUCAAAUUUCUGAUCACUGCGGUGUUUGGUCUAGUUACUCUUAUCAGUUCCAUCAGCAUCCUUAAAGUCGAUAUAUGGGUAGUAGCACCUAUACUUGUAGCUAUAGUUGGCUAUGCUCUCAAGGUUUACUUCUCGUUUCAGCAAAAGAUUAUCGCAUAUCAAAACCUAAUCACUCGGUCAAUGUACGACAAACAGCUAGACAGUGGGAGAGGCACACUUUUGCACCUCUGUGACGAUGUUAUUCAACAGGAAGUCAAAGAGGUGAUAGUUUCGUUCUUUGUUUUGAUGAAGCAGGGAAACGCAACGAUACAAGAGCUUGAUCUUCGGUGUGAAGAACUCAUCAAACAGAAAUUUGGCGAUCAAUGCAACUUCGAGGUGCUAGACGCAGUCCAAAAAUUAGAAAAACUUGGAAUUGUUUCUCUGGAUUCAACCGGACGAAUCAGUUGCGUCCCUCUAUCAGAAGCCAACGAGAUCAUAGGCACCACAACAGAAGAAGUGGUGAUCAGAGCCAAACUCGGCGCCACUGCUGAAGCUGUCGACGGUUACCUUCUGCGGCAUGCCACACCGGCUGCGCUGCCAGUCAUGGAGGUGACCUUCGAGCGCUUUCGUCGAGGCGUAGCGAAAGCGGCCACUCGCAAAACGACUUGACUUGCACGCUGUCGUCGAGCAGUUCAAAGGGGACGGAUGAGGUUGAGCUCAGCCUCGAAAAGAAGGGCGGCGUUUCAGUCAGUCUUGAUAAGGAGGGUAUCUCAGUCGAGCUUGAUAAGAAGGGCGUUCCAGCGCGAAAUGGAAGGAAGUUUCUCACACCUUCAUCUAGUAGUACAAACGCGGCGGCUGCGACUGGGUUUUCGUCUAGUAGUCCUAAGGUGACGGAUGAGAUGGAGUUCGGCCUUAACAAGAAGGGGAUUUCAAUGCUUUUUGAGUUCAACAAUGAAGUGUAGGCAGCAUCACCGUACGCUAGAAUGGACUGUCAACUUGGAGAAGCAAUGACCUGUUUAGUUUGGGAAGUAGCAUUAGUAUUUCUCAUAUUCUAUAUUUUCUAUUUUUCUAAUCAAUAAAUUCCUCCGUUUGGGAAGUAGCAUUAGCUUGAUUUCUAGGAAUUCAGCAAUUAAGGUAUAAUUUCUGCCAUUUUAUGAAGUUUUUUGCCAUUUCUGCUGAAUUUUUAAGGGGUUUUCUUAACUUCAUCAUGUCUUAGCAAUUUGAUGGGAAAUUUUUUGUAUAUGACAGUUAGGAAAGCAGAUUUGAUGGGUAGAGAUUGAAUA